CAUGCGCAGAAAGGCGUCCUUCGCCGCGUCCUCUAACUGGUCCCCACAGGCGCCCGGCGCCCCGUGCGCGCAUGCGCGCGGCUGACCCGGUGUCCGGCGGUGGAGGGUGGAGUGGGGCGUUUCGCGCAGCGCGGCCAUGGCGGGGGCGUUGAGGAAGACCACUGGACUUGUAGGAUUGGCCGUAACUGAAAACCCUCAUGAGCGCCUGCGAAUGCUGUACACAAAAAUCCUUGGUGUCCUGCAGAACAUUCCCAAAGAUGCAGCAUACAGGAAAUACACUGAGCAGAUUAUAAAUGAGCGGUUUAAUUUGGUGCAAACGGAGACUGACGUGCAAAAGCUACAGGACAAACUGAAUAGUGGUCACAUAGAAGAAGUCAUUUUACAGGCUGAAAGUGAGCUUUCUCUGGCAAGAAAAAUGAUGCAGUGGAAACCAUGGGAGCCUCUAGUUGAAGAACCUCCUUCUGACCAGUGGAGAUGGCCAAUCUGAUUUUCAAAAGGGUGUAAGCUCUUGAAAGUUGAAAAAAGUUAAUUAUUAAUCUAUUAUUUCUGACAGUUGUCCUUAAAUUAAAAAUAAUAACUUCAUAAAAACA